AUGGAAACUAAAUCCGUGUGGCGACGGGCCGGCAGCCGGUGCACAAGAAGUAAAGAUCGCUCCUGCUCUCCUGCCGCUGUGGUGCUGAAGGGACAGCUCCGCUUCAGAACCACCAAUGUCUUGGACAGCUGGAGUGCGCGUGGCUGCGGGGCGGAGCCGCCGACACACACAUGGCUGGCGGCUGAUAAGAAGCGCGGCAAUUCUCCACCACCAGGCAGCCGACGGGGGAUAGAGAAUGUUGGAGACAAUGUGAGUGCAGUAGAGAGUGUUGAAGACAAAGUGAGUGAAAUAGAGAGUGUUGGAGACAAAGUGAGUGCUGUAGAGAGUGUUGGAGAUUAUGUGAGUGCAGUAGAGAGUGUUGGAGAUUAUGUGAGUGCAGUAGAGAGUGUUGGAGACAAAUGCAGUAUAUUGUGUUCCUUACAGUUGAGAUCAGUUUGUCGAACAUAUUCUGCUUUCAAUCAUACGUUAAAUCUUUUCCAUGUUCUCUGUUUCUGUUCUGUUUCAGUGCUGAUUUCACUUACACCAGUGCCACAUGCUCAAGAGAGACCAGGGGCAGUACUGAGUGUAUCUCCACAGAGCUGGCUGACUGAAGGAGACUCAGUGACUCUAAGCUGUGAGAUUACAGACUCCUCUACAGACUGGACAUUCAGCUGGUACACAGAGAUUCUCUACAGAGACAAUGAUGGCCGUAUCAGGUAUAGAUUGGAGCUCCUCUCAGACAGCAGCAGAGGAUCUGGAGGCUCCUACACUCUCAGUCCUGCUGCUCUUAAUCACACAGGAGUGUAUAUGUGCAUUGCAGCGAGAGAGGAACAACCCUUUUACACAAACUACAGCCAUCCACAGCCACUAUGGAUCACUGGUGAAUCUCCUCCAGUCUCUCUGAUCAUCAAUCCCAGCAGAACUCAACACUUUACUAGAGACUCUCUCUCACUGAGCUGUGAGGACCAGAGUAACUCUACUAGAUGGAGAGUGAUUCGAUACACACACAGAGAGAUAGUGUCAGAUUGUUCACAGUGGGGAUCAGUUACAGGAUCUACAUGUAAAAUCAGCUUCCUCUCCACAUCCUACACUGGAGUUUACUGGUGUGAGUCUGAAUCUGGAGAAAACAGUAAUCCUGUCAACAUCACAGUGCAUGAUGGUGAUGUGAUCCUGGAGAGUCCUGUCCAUCCUGUGACUGAGGGACAUCCUCUGACUCUACGCUGUUUAUAUCGAUACACAAAGUCCUCAAACCUCCGAGCUGAUUUCUAUAAAGAUGGAUCAGUUCUCCAGACACAGACUACAGGAGAGAUGAUCAUCCGAACUGUCUCAAAGUCAGAUGAAGGUUUCUACCACUGUAAACACCCAGAGAGAGGAGAGUCACUGAAAAGCUGGGUCUCAGUCAGAGGUCCAUCAGGUGUAGAAGCUCCAUUCUCAGUGCUCAUGCUGAUCAGUAGUGUAGUGACGGCCUCUCCGUAUCUGCUGGUGACCAUCAUUCUGCUGGUCAAAUGUUACAGAACUUGAGCUGAAAGUAAUGAAAGGAGAAUGGAGAAUGCAGUCAUAGAGGAGUGAGCAAACUUCAUGUGUUAAAAGAGGAUGCAGUGCUGUUUUCUUUAAGGUUAUUUUGGGAAUAUUUAUAAUAAAACUGAUUUGUUGCUUUAAUUUCAUACUGUUAACACAGACAGUUUUGUUGUUCUGACUUGAUUUGUUUAGCUAAUGCCUGCAAACGUUGCUAAUGCAAAGUACUGAGUAAAAAUAAACAAGUAAAAUAUUCUUUAAAAUAAAAAAACAGAGAUGACAAAAGCUAAUAUUUUGAUGGAGUGUUUGAGGAUUGAGAUGUGCUUCUGCAAAAAAAAAAAAAGAUCAAAUCUAUCAUGCUAUGUUUGAAAUGAAAAUGUGUAAAUGUGCUAUUAAAACCUCAGACUAUUUCAUGUAACAUUGAUGAUCAUCAUUUUGGUGUGGAGUGUUGAGAGCAGCCUUGAGGUGUGUAUUUUAUAUUUUGUUUGACUUUUCUUUUCAGCUGAGUGAACUUUAAUUGUAGUUGGGAGAGGAGAUUUAUGCGUGGAGUGUUGCAAUAAUGUAUCACAUGAAGUACAAGUAAACUCAAGUGAACAACUACUCAUGUUCCUUUUUAAAUAUCAACAUUUCUGUUUUGUAUUUUUAUACAAUCAAGUCUGUAGUAGUAAAACAUUUAUUGAGCCGAAAUAAUAAAAAUUAACCA